CUUGUGAGAAUGGAGAAAACGAAAACCAUCUUAUGGCUUCUCAUGUAUUUUUUGAGUUCUACAACUACAAUUUCUCAUAAUCUCGACGAAAAGCUGAACGGUUAGGAACAACACAUGAUUCUCGGAGAAGCUCUAGCUACCACAAGCUUCCCAAUAGCUUUCACUCUUCAUGUACUUAGUCUAUGCAACAAGAUUCAACACCUCCCCCAUCUCAUCAGCCAUCACUGAUCUAGCUCCCCAAGGUGCACAUCAAGUAGUCCAAGGGAGCAAAACAAAAGGAAGGAGGAAGAGUGAUGGCAUUAAUUAACUGUGCUGUGUAACCCUGCACACAUGUACUGGGGUAGGUGAGGCCAUUAUAAGCUUAGCUUCAGCAGAGACAGGAAUACUACACAGGAAGAAAGCCAUAGCCAGAUCCAUAGGGUUCUUUUCUUCCCCCUCACUGUUCUUCUACAGACUUCAGAGUUCAGAGCUGUAGACGACGACACACACCGGCCGGCCGGCCCCCUACUCCCUCUCUCAUCAUCUCGCCAUCAUCCAUCCAUCUGAUUUGAUCGUUCGUUCGUUGCAAAGCAUAUCUCGAUCGCCAGCAGCAGCAGCAUGGCCUCACCGAACAGGCACUGGCCGAGCAUGUUCAGGUCCAAUCUUGCCUGCAACAUCCAGCAGCAGCAGCAGCCUGACAUGAACGGCAACGGCAGCUCGUCCUCUUCCUUCCUCCUCUCGCCACCUACUGCUGCGACCACCGGCAACGGCAAGCCCUCCUUGCUCUCCUCAGGGUGUGAGGAGGGGACGAGGAAUCCGGAGCCGAAGCCGCGGUGGAACCCGAGGCCGGAGCAGAUAAGGAUACUGGAGGGGAUCUUCAACUCCGGGAUGGUGAACCCGCCGCGCGACGAGAUCCGCCGCAUCCGCCUGCAGCUGCAGGAGUACGGCCAGGUCGGCGACGCCAACGUCUUCUACUGGUUCCAGAACCGCAAGUCCCGCACCAAGAACAAGCUGCGCGCCGCCGGCCACCACCACCACCACGGCCGCGCCGCCGCCCUGCCGCGCGCGUCGGCGCCGCCGUCGACGAACAUCGUACUCCCCUCUGCAGCGGCGGCGGCGCCCUUGACGCCGCCGCGGCGCCAUCUCCUCGCCGCGACCUCCUCCUCGUCCUCCUCCUCCGACCGCUCCUCCGGGUCCAGCAAGUCGGUGAAACCAGCUGCUGCCGCGCUGCUGACGUCAGCCGCCAUCGACCUUUUCUCGCCGGCGCCGGCGCCGACGACCCAGCUGCCCGCGUGCCAGCUCUACUACCAUAGCCAUCCCACGCCGCUGGCACGUGAUGAUCAGCUCAUCACCUCGCCGGAGUCGUCGUCGCUCCUCCUGCAGUGGCCGGCGAGCCAGUACAUGCCGGCGACGGAGCUCGGCGGCGUCCUCGGCUCGUCGUCCCACACGCAAACCCCGGCAGCGAUCACCACCCACCCAUCGACGAUCUCACCCAGCGUGCUCCUCGGCCUAUGCAACGAGGCACUAGGGCAGCAUCAGCAAGAGACCAUGGACGACAUGAUGAUCACCUGCUCCAACCCCUCCAAGGUGUUCGACCACCAUUCCAUGGACGACAUGAGCUGCACCGACGCGGUGAGCGCCGUGAACAGGGACGACGAGAAGGCGAGGCUGGGGUUACUGCACUACGGCAUCGGCGUCACUGCUGCUGCAAAUCCGGCACCACAUCAUCAUCAUCAUCAUCAUCAUCUUGCCUCUCCUGUGCAUGAUGCUGUCUCGGCUGCAGAUGCUAGUACGGCGGCCAUGAUCCUUCCAUUCACCACCACUGCUGCUGCGACGCCGAGCAACGUCGUCGCUACAAGCUCUGCACUCGCUGAUCAGUUGCAAGGGCUGUUGGAUGCUGGGUUGCUGCAGGGAGGGGCGGCGCCGCCGCCGCCCUCGGCGACGGUGGUGGCGGUGAGCCGCGACGACGAGACGAUGUGCACCAAGACCACGAGCUACAGCUUCCCGGCGACGAUGCACCUCAACGUGAAGAUGUUCGGCGAGGCGGCCGUGCUGGUGCGCUACAGCGGCGAGCCGGUGCUCGUCGACGACUCCGGCGUCACCGUCGAGCCGCUGCAGCAGGGCGCGACCUACUACGUGCUGGUAUCUGAGGAAGCUGUGCAUUGAAGCCGUAUUACCUUGAUUACAUCCACAAUUCGGCACUGAUCAUGCUUGCUGCAUGCGAUCGAAUCAUCGAUCAUCUAAGAGAUUCUAAGUUAAUUAGUAAUUCGCUCACUAGUUUGGUAAUAGCUAGCUAGCAACCUUCAUCGAUCUGUUAUUUCAUUCAGUACGUACAUGUCUACUUAAAAUCACUGUCGUGUAGUACUGUACGUGUUUUGCUCGUCUGAUCAAACAGCAACAUGCAUGACGGUUUUAAUUUUGAUGCAAUAACCAGUGGAGUAAACCACAUAAAUCUA